AUGGAGCUGAAACCAAAUACGACUGCAUUUUGGAUGGUUAUUUGCCUCUACUUGCUUUCUAAUUGGAAAUCGGAGGCGCAGGCCAAGCAUAAUUUUGAGCUGCAAACGGAUAAUUUUACAUGCAGCAGCGAGGAUAUCAGUUCCAGCAUCCUUAAGGAGUUCAAUUGUGGCGUUAGCAAAAGUGCCAAACGCCGCACCUGGCACAUGGAGUUCAAGCUCAAACAACCUGUUGCCGAACAUGAUUUCUUUAUGAAAAUCAUCCUGCCACGCCGACGACCUCUGCCUGAUUUCGUCCUGCUCAAUGUGACCACCGAUGGCUGCCAGUUAUUGGCCAAUCGCAAUCAAGUGCCCCUCAUGCGCCUGGGCCGCAGUAUCAUGGAGCGAUUCAGCAACUUUCCCAAACAGUGCCCUUUCAAGCCCAACUUGAACUACUACAUCAGGGGAUUUCGCCUGGACUUGAACCUCCUGCCCGCCGUGGACAUGGAGACACCCGUGCACAUCGAGCUCAGUUAUCAGAGCAAACAGCAGGGACUCAAGUGGAUCAGCGGUUAUCUGUUGGCACGUGUUCAGCUGAUAGGCGAGAAGAAGCGGCACAAGUAG